AUGACCUGGUUUCUCUCUUCCCAGACAACUUUGUGUCUUGGAAGCCCCUUGAUCAGCUUGGUAUGCUCAAUCGCUGUUUGCUUUAUCGUCAAGUACGUCUGGCGGGCGUUUUUCUGCCCCCUGGCGAAGUUCCCUGGGCCACGAAUUGCCGGCAUCACAAAGCUCUACGAGGCUUAUCAUGUCCUUGUCAAGAAUGACUGGCUUGAAAACCUGACCUCACUUCACGAAAAAUAUGGGCCUGUCGUUAGGAUCGGACCAAACGAACUCCAUUUCGUCGAUCAUCAGUUUUGCUUAGAGCAUCACAAGCGCUCAGACCUUUCAAAGUGCGAUAACUAUUACGGUCUUCUGGGUAACCUCCUUGGUGGCCUUGCUAGCGCCACCAAACACUCAAAGAGAGCAGCAGGCAUGCGCCCAAUCUUCUCUGGGCAGACCCUCGCCGAGUUCGUCCCCACUCUGGACAAACACCUCGAAUCCCUGCAUUCGCGCCUCACGGAUGCUGCAGUGAACAGCCAAGUCGUCAAUAUGACACACUUCCUUUGGGCUUUCACCAACGAUGUCAUGAUCUCGUACCUGACGGAAGAGGACUACGGGUGCCUCAAAGCUUUUGACAUGAAAGCCAUCCACGAUUCCACGCGGGCUUUCAGUGCCAUCGACCUUGCCACGGUCCUCAGGUGUAUCCCUCCCGUCAAACUCAUGUUUGACUAUUUUCCUGCUCUCCGGCGCUACUCGCCACUUGGAUGGCUGGAUUCUUUGAUCGGUUCACAUGUUAAGCCCAUCGUCAAAUCCUGGGAUAGUGAAAAUAGUCAUCAGGGUGUUUUGGCUCGUAUUUUCAGCGAGGUCGGCAACGAGACUCACACCGUUCACGAGUCGUCUCAGGCAAUCUUUAUCGGCAACGAAUCACUUCUAAGCAACUUGACCUUUAUUCUCCACCAUCUGAUUAAGAAUCCAGAAUGUGUGAAGAAGAUUCGGGCUGAACUCGAUACACUGGACCUCGGAUCGGCAAUCCCUCACCAUCGAACAAUAGGACGCCGUAUGCAAGGAGUCAACUCGCUUGAGUUCACCGAGUUGGCAUCGACAACCAAGACAAAGCAAACAACCAGUCAAUUAUCGGGGUACAAUGAUACCUGCGAUGGCCAGUAUGAGCUUCACGUUGAGCUUGCUUGA